AUGUCGUCUGGACCGCCGAGUUCGUUAGUCAAGCUAUCUCUACCACUGCAAUACCAACAAGAUUUGUUGAAUGAACUGAGGUCCGAAGACGAACUGGUGGUAUUAGCCCAGGGUCUCGGCUUGCUCAGGAUAAUAACCAACUUGCUCCAUACUUAUGAUGCAGCAGGGAAUAAUUUGAUUGUCUUAGUUGGGGCUACCGAUCGUGAGAAUGAAUGGAUUGGCGAAGCACUGGCGGAACAUUAUGCUGUCAGCAAAUCACCUUUGGCCAGGGGCCUCAAGGUCAUUAACACUGAUCGAGCUACUGUUUCCACAAGGCAUAAAAUGUACUCCGAAGGAGGUAUCAUCAGCGUGACCUCUCGGAUAUUGGUUGUUGACUUACUUUCCCGACUUCUUGAUUCAAAACUUAUCACUGGCAUGAUCAUUCUUCAUGCUGAAAAGCAGUACAACAAGGAUGGAAUGCUCAAAGCGUUCUCAGACUCCCCAGAACCCUUCACAACUGGAUUUGCGCCAUUAUCAAAUAUGCUACGGAACCUGUUUCUUCAAAAGACGUCCUUAUGGCCAAGAUUUCAAGUUACUGUUGCGGAAUCCCUAGAAGGCCAUAGGAAAGCCGAAGUUAUCGAACUUGAGGUACCAAUGACCGAUAAAAUGAAAGAAAUACAAAACGCAGUAUUAGAAUGCGUUGAAGUGAAUAUAAGAGAACUUAAAAGAGCCAAUACAGGCCUUGAUAUUGGGGAUGAUUGGACGGUAGACAGCGCGCUUCACAAAAAUUUUGAUGUCGCCAUUCGUCGACAGUUGGACCCAGUGUGGCAUCGUGUCUCUUUUAGGACGAGACAGAUUGCCAGUGAUCUCACGGUUCUUCGGUCUAUUCUCCAUUCUCUACUGACAUUCGACGCCGUUUCGCUGAACAAAUACCUUGACACUGUAAUAAGUGCCCAUUCGGCUCCUGCAGGGUCUACAAAACAAAACUACUCGCCCUGGUUAUUCCUUGAAGCUGCACAUGUACUUUUUGAUACCGCAAAAUCACGAGUAUAUAAAAAGAAGGCUUCAGAUAAGACCAACAUAUCUUCCUCUGACAUCUUCAAUGGCCUUGAACCAAUUUUGGAAGAGCAGCCUAAGUGGGCUGUGCUUGCUGAGGUAUUGGAAGAAAUUGAGCAGGAUACAUAUUUAAAUUCCGCGGGCCCUGGUUCCUCCAAUAAUGCUAUCCUUAUCAUGUGCAGCGACCAACAAACCUGCAGACAAGUCCGUGAAUAUCUUUCCACCAUGCAUAAAAAGGAAAAAUCUUUUGGCAUGGAUGAGGGUAAUGAACGCGAAGCUACACCUGAUGAAGAUGACCAUAAGCCAUCUGCAGGUGUUAUGAUGCGAAGGAAACUUCGAGAAUAUCUCGUUUGGAAACGGAACCUCUCAAAUGUGAACAACCAUUUAUAUGACGUUAAGCCCAAAGCGAAGGGCAUUGUUGAGGUACCGGGCUUUACAUCAAUCAGCAGCGCCGCGCCCCAAGGCCAUUCGGGAAGAGGGCCCCCAAAUAAAAGACGGCGAGUCCGUGGCGGUAGUUCUGCUGCUAGCACUUCUACAUCUGGAAGACCGGCUCAUGGAAGCGUUCAGAUAGACACUGAGGACUUCACCGAGGCACCAAAUCUUUCAGAAGAAGCCAUCCAACAAGCGAUAUUAGAAGAAGUUCAGCACAUCACUCUGGAAGAUGAUCUUGAAGAUAUGGAUAAAUAUUAUGAGCUUUAUGACGUGAAUGACUUGUUAGUUGUUCACCAUUACGAUGGAGAUAUGGACGAGCACGUCCUUGAGGAAUUAAGGCCAAGGUACAUCAUUAUGUAUGAACCUGAUGCAGCUUUUAUUCGGCGGGUUGAAGUGUAUCGCAGCUCCCACCAGGAGAGAAAUGUACGGGUUUAUUUCAUGUACUACGGUGAAUCUGUGGAGGAGCAGAGAUAUUUGAGCGCCGUUCGGCGCGAGAAGGACGCUUUCACAAAGCUGAUUCACGAAAGGGGGACAAUGGCCAUGAAGUUGGUCCAUGACAAGGGCCUUGAGGAUCCUCAAGAACAAUUCCUACGGACAGUGAACACCAGGAUUGCUGGUGGUGGUCGGCUUGCGGCCACGGCGGCACCUCCAACAGUCGUUGUGGAUGUUCGAGAAUUUCGAAGCGCUCUUCCAUCAUUACUACAUGGGCGCAGCAUGGUUGUGGUCCCAUGCCAACUGACUGUGGGAGACUAUAUCAUCACUCCAGACAUCUGUGUCGAGCGUAAGUCUGUACGGGAUUUGAUAAGCUCCCUGAAAAACGGACGGUUAUACACACAGGCAGAAACAAUGCUUCAGCACUACUCCCAACCGAUGCUCCUAAUAGAGUUUGACCAAAACAAGGCCUUCACGUUCGACGCGUUUACCUCUUCUGCCACUCCAACGUCCUUCGUAGCGGACAAUGCUACCAGCUUUGGCUCUGGCAACAUGAUUAACCCAACAAACCCUAGGUCAGCACAGCAUCUACUGGUGUUACUUACUCUCGCAUUUCCUCGAUUGAAGAUAAUCUGGUCGUCUUCACCCUACCAGACGGCCGAGAUAUUUGCAGAGUUAAAGAAGAACAACUCAGAGCCAGAUCCGAUUAGGGCUGUUCAAGUCGGACUCGAUUUCAAUAUAUCCGGAUUAGAUACGUCCGAUGGCCAGCCUGCAGAUAUGAUUCCCGCUGCAGGAAUAGAGCACCGAGUAUUCUCCCUCCUACCCCAAGACAUGAUACGAGCCGUUCCAGGGGUAGAGCCAAAAACGCUUGAGCGCCUUAUUCUAGAGACGAAGAACAUUCAUGAGGUAGCCAACAUGAGUGUCGAGCAACUUGAGCCACUCGUGGGAAAGGAAGCUGCAAGAAAAAUAUUCAAAUUCUUCACCCGGAGCGUAUUUGACGCAGAGACGGUGUAUGAGUCUUGA